GGCUGCUGGAAGGAAGGAAGAUAAAAUAUUUUAAUAUUGUCACAUGGUGAUGCCAAAAAAUCUCAUAAAUUGCUCUUCAAUCAUAGAUUGAUAGUGACAAAAAAUAAGGCAAUAAGUGACGAAAAAUGUCAAUGCGUAGUAAAUAUGAGGUUGAAGAGCCAGUGCCGCGUAGUAAAUGUGUAACAUGCCUAUGUGUCUCGUGGAAGGUCUUUUCAUGUGUAUUUUCACAUGUCACACUUAUUGCUGUUGUUGUUGCUUAUUGUGUAUUUGGAGCUGUUCUAUUUGAGAAGCUGGAGAGUGAGCAUGAGGAGAAGGUUCGGAACGGAACGGUAGACAUACGUAAAAAUACAACAUUUAUGAUAUGGAAUCAAACAGACAAAAUGAUGUAUCUGAAACAAGAGGUGUGGAUCAACGAAACGAUUAGACAUCUAAUGGAUUUCGAGACACAACUAUUAAAAGCAAUGAAGGAUGAUGGAUGGGAUGGAUAUCCACCGGGAUCGAAGCCACAAUGGACAUUCUCUGGCUCACUAUUCUAUUCAAUCAUUGUCAUUACAACAAUUGUUUCUUUAGCUUCAUUUUCAAUUUUUAACUUAAAGUUUCGUCUUAAUCAUAAGGAACUUCCUCAGAGGAAGAAAAAGUCUUAA